AUGCCGCAGGUAUUGUUUUCUUCUCUCCCCCGCGUGGCGGAGGGCGUGUUGCGGCGGGACGAGGCGUUGCGCAAUGAGGAGCAAAAGCGGGACGAAGACGCACCGGAGAGGAUCGCCCACGGCAGCGACAUGGACUUCUUCGUGGACGAAUACGUUGGCGCAGAGGCAGCAGCAAGAAGGGCCGCGGCUUCCGGUAAUUUCGCCGCUGCUGAGGCAACGAUGCUCCCAAGUGGGGGCACGACGCAAGCUGCGCGGGCCCGCCCGCGGAACCAAGACAGUCUCGCUGUCGACUGUGAGGUCUGUCUGCAGCUCCGUGGAGCAACUGGCGAAGAUGGUGGAGGGAAUUUUCGCAUUUGUGUCCCGGCGGCGCUGCCAACGUCUAGGCUCGCGGCGUCCUCAGCUGUGUCCCCCGUCAACGACUCCGUGCUGCCCCACGUGAAGCAAAUGUGCGGCAAGAACGCCGUGUUGGAGGUGGAGGGGGCAACCGCCCCCGACUCGGGCGCCGCGUGGAGAGGGAACUGUGAGGGAUGGACUGGGGAUGGGGCCUGCGACGGGGAGGAGGAUGCGGCUGCGGCCGUCUCUUCUGGAGAUGCAAUCAACGGCAAUGCUCAGCAGGGAUCAGUGCUAACAAAAACAAUGUUUAUGCAGGCCAAUAACUCCGAAGGUUUACUAAGUGCGGACGAUUUUGCGAAUACUGUUGCUUCAGAAGAAAACGAAAGAGGAGCAGGAACAGGAGGAAACGUGGUGUAUACGAUGAAACUUGCACCCCGCUUCGUCUUUGGCCUAAGUUUGCCCUUUGAGGUGGAGCGGGCCCUCGUGGAUUUCUGCCGAGAGAACGUGAGAGCCUCUCUACCACCUCCUGUAUGGCUUUCCGCGUUCUUGUACACGACGACGCUGCGCUGUCACUCCUUCGCCGCCUCGAUGGCCACCCUUUUCCCCUCGAUGUGUCGAGCGAGGUUGGAAGAAACAACGGCAGUGGCUACACUAGAAGGCUUCUGCAUUGUGGCUCUCAAUAUCAUUGCCCAACUGGGGCAUCUGCACCGACGACAACUCCAGGAAGCAGGCAACGUUGACGAAACAACGCUGGCUCAGUGUGGUUUGUUGCACGACAAUGCCGUUUUCUCUUCUUCACAGAAGGAGCGGGUGCGGCGCUGGCUGCAACGGUAUAUCCCAAUGGAGGCCUAUGACGGAAAUGAAGAAAGCGAGACAGUCUUGCGAGGUCCACCUGGUUGUGUUCGUUGGCCCUCUGCGGUGUCGAUUGUCUUUCACAUAGCCUUGGACCUCGCCAAGGUCUUGUUCCCUCCACUGUUACUGAAUCUGGAGUCAACAAUCCUCGCUGCGCUGCAGCCACUACUUGAAGCACGCUCGGUGGGGUCGAUGCAGGCUCCCUCUGGUGAUUCUUUCUUUGCCCCGUCGCUGCGGCGGCCACGGAGCCGCAGACAAGCCGUGAUGUUGUUGACGCAAGAGCCCUCUUCGUGGUGGGGCUGGUGGCGUCGAGGCGACAGCGAAGGGAAGAGCAGUAACGACUGCGGCAUCAGCGCCGUUUGCGCGUCAAGGGGAUAUGCCGCCCUUCGGGUGUUGCAAUGCUUCACAUUUAUUUGCCCGCAAACAAUGCCAGAGGGGUCUUGUAACCUCCUCAGCGAGGAAGAGGACUCGGAAGUGGCACAUUUCCUCCUUUCGGCUGCGGCGCUCUUCACAGAACUGCUCUUGGACCGUGAGGUGACAACCACCCUUGGACGCGCCACGAAGGAGCUCACGCGGCUUUACUACUGGCCCUUGGGAGGGCCUAAUGGCAAGCAAGCAGGUGCGUGGCCGUUGCAGGCAACCCGGGCCCUGAUGCGCUGCUUUAUUGUUCUUGUCUGUUGGUUCGCCUUCCGCCCCAGCGGUUAUUGCGCGAAAUUCGCCCAACAACAUUUUGGCUCGCUCUUGCACCUCGCCGCCUUGUACCGUGAACGGCAUCCGCCAACGCAUCCCCAGAGCGAAGAAGUUGAAGAAGGGGGAGAAAAAUUGGGCCGUGCUCAGCUGCUGCUGACGGUUUGCAGUCAGGACUAUUUUUCAUCACUCUCCACGUUGCUUUGCCGUCUGCGUGAACAAUGCGGCGUCCGACGCCGCGGCGGCCAGUGCCCACGCACAGCACGGGAAAAUCCAUGGCAGCAGCUGCAGCAAGGCAAGAUGCCAAGCCGCCUGCCUCCAACUGAGGAAGACCGGACGACAAACACUUCGCACAGUCGUUUUUCCGCGGCUUCCCUUAGCGUCACGAAUGCCGCGCCGGAAGUUGUGCUUGCGCCUCAGCUUUUAACAACGCAAAGCGAUGCGGCCCCUCUUGGUAAUGAUGCGGUUCCGUCGCAUUUACGUCAUAAGCUUCGGCGUGUGAUUCGUGAAAUUCGUCCCGUGCUUCGUCAACUUGAGCGGGACGUGUUUGCGAAGUACGGGACAUCGGCUCCAACUCCGCUUGGCUCCAAACGACAACGCGAGGCGGAGGGCUCCGUCUCUUCACCUUUGCAGCGUCGCGAGGGUGGACUGCAACUUGUCGUAUCGCCUCAGUUCGAGCGUCACGCGUACAGUCAGCCAGACAGCCGUUUAUGGGAGUGGCAGUUGGAAUGCAGCGAGUCCAGUGACGACGAUGCAACAGACACCUCUGGCAGCGGGAGCGGAUGA